AUGAUUAAUUCAAGAUAUUCAACUGAUACUUGUGAAGUUGUUCUUCGUUUUAAUGAUACAAAUCAAAAUCAAGUUCAACAUUUAACAUGGCAUUAUGAAAUGUUACAAAAUAAUAAUGAACAAGAGAAAUCUAAAUACGAACAAAUUUCUAUUAUUCCUAAACGAGAUACUGAUCAAAAACCAUUUCGUCUUUGUGUACCACAAUCUCGUUUUCUUUCUGAAUUAACAUGGAUUGAAGAAGAUAGAGAAAAGGAAUUAUUACCAGGUAUGGUAGAAGUUCGUGUUCAUUGUGUUGGUAUUAAUUUUCGUGAUGUACUUAAAUCACGCGGUCUUUAUCCACAUACACGUAUUUUUGCACAAUCUGAUGAAGAUCAACCAAAACUUGAUCGAGAUACAGAACCAGGUUCAGAUUUUGUUGGUACUAUUGUACGUGUAGGUCCUAAAACAACUAGUUUUCAAGUUGGUGAUCAUGCUGUAGGUGUUACUGGUGAUGGUACAUAUCAUUCUCAUAUUAUGAUUAAUUCUCAACUUAUAAUACGUAUUCCACCUAAUUUUCCUCUUUCUGAUGAACAAUUAUGUGGUCUACCAUGUCCAAUUUUAACAGUUAUAUAUUCUCUUAAAUAUCGUGUUCAUUUACAAUCUAAUCAAACUGUUCUUAUUCAUGCUGCAACAGGUGCUGCAGGUCAAAUGUGUAUUCAAUAUUGUCAAUAUAUUGGUGCUCGUGUUAUUACUACAGCUGGAACUGAAGAAAAACGACGUUUCCUUCGUGAACAUUAUGGUAUUGAACAUGUAUUCAAUAGUCGAGAUACUUCUUUUGCUAAUAAUAUACGUCAAAAUUUUCCACAAGGUGUUGAUGUUAUUGUUAAUUCAUCAUCAGACAAUUUACUCAAAGAAUCAAUUAAAUUAUUAGCAUAUCACGAAGCAAUUGAUUUACUGAUUCAACGUAAAUUACAUGCUGUUGAACCAACAAUUUGUUAUGAACCAUCUCAAAUAAUCGAAGCACUAUUAAGAUGUAAUAGUGGUCAAGUUAUGGCUAAAACAGUUUUUCGUAUAACUUCAUCUGAUCAACCAUUAACUAUUAAUAAAAAGCAAUCUAAUAGUUUAUUAAAAGUUGUAAGUGAUAAUACAAUGUUUCCAUCAGAAGUUUGUAAUCAAGGAACAGUUUUAAUAUCUGGUGGUUUUGGUGGUCUUGGUUUAACAAUGUCUCGAUGGAUGAUUGAACAACGAGGUGUUAAACAUAUAGCACUUAUGAGUUGUCGAACAUUAGUUGAACUUGAAAAACCUUCGAAUCCACAAUAUGAUGAUUGGUUAAGAUUAAAACGAACAACAAAAGAAUUUAAUGCUCAUAUCGAUGUUGUUCAAGCAGAUGUAACAAAUUUUCAACAAGUUCAUGAUUUAAUUGAAAGAUUUCAAAAAACUUCUUAUCCUAUUCGUGGUAUUAUUCAUAGUGCUGUUGUUGCAGAAGAUCGUACUUUAAAUAAUUUAACACAAGAACAUUUAUCACUUGUUUUAUCACCAAAAGUCCGUGGUGCAUGGUAUCUUCAUCAAGCUACACAAUUUCUUCAUGCACCUAUUCAUUUUUUUAUCAUGUUUUCAUCAAUUCGAAAUCAUUUACUUGAAGUUGCAUCUGCUGGUUAUAAUGCUGGUAAUCAAUUUCUUAAUGCACUUGCUUAUUAUCAUUUUACAAAACUUACUUUACCAGCACUGUCAAUUAGUUUACCAGCUGUAAGUGAUGCUGAAAUGUUUCACCGUCAGAAAGAAAUGCUCAGUACUUUGAAAGAGACACAAGGUUUUGAAUUAAUGCCAACAGUAACUGUAUUCGAAUUAAUUGAAUGUUUUCAUCAAACUCAAAAGAUUUGUCCAUAUUCUGUUAUUUUUGCUGUUAAUUGGCAAAUAUUACAUCGAAAUUAUACAACAUUAGCUACAUCGUAUUUAAGAAAACUAGAAACUAUUAUUGAACGAACUCAAACAGCUGUUGCACGAUUAUUAGCUUCAGCUAGUGUUGAUCGUAUAGGUAUUGAUCGUUCACUUGUUAAUCAAAGUAUGGAUUCAUUAGCUGCUGUUUCACUAUAUAAUUGGUUAAGUCAAGAAACUGUUAUUUAUAUACCACUAGUUGAUCAUCUUCAAGGACUUUCAAUUGAAACAAUUGCAACACUUGUUUAUAAUUUUGAUUUAAUUAAUGAAAAUGAAGCUCAAUAUACUAAUACAUCAACAUAUACUGGUUUAGAAAAUCUCAUUUGUCUACAUCGUUCGAAUCAAAAUAAAACUUCAACUCUUUUUUGUAUUACUCAAAUAUCAAAUGAUAAUAAUAAUGAAGAUUUAUUUACAUUUUUUAUUCAAAAAUUAUCUAAUCAAAAAAAUAAAAUAUCAUCAAGUGAUAUGUAUGCUUUACAAAUAUUAUGA